AAUGCGCUUUGCCUUCGUUUUAGUUUUUGCUCUCAUCAGCGGCCCAAUCGUUGCUAGAUGCGCCGCAGCGGAUACUACCGGCACAACGGGUACUACCGGCACAACGGGUACUACCGGCAGCACAACUGGUACUACUGGCGGCACAACGGGUACUACCGGCAGCACAACGGGUACUACCGGCAGCACAACGGGUACUACCGGCAGCACAACGGGUACUACCGGCAGCACAACGGGUACUACCGGCAGCACAACGGGUACUACUGGCAGCUCAACAGGCAGCACAACGGGUACUACUGGCAGCUCAACAGGCAGCACAACAAGUACUACCGGCAGCUCAACAUCCACGUCGUCAGGCACCCCGGCAACAAGUUCUUCCACCAGUCCAUCAACAACCUCUUCGACUAGUCCUUCCAGCAGCCCAUCAUCUACUACUUCCACAAGUACUCCUUCCGACACCAGCUCCAGCACCACUACCGAUUCGGAGGAAGCCGAAAAACUUCGCGAAAGAAUUAGGCGCUUGAGAACCGAACGUCGCCGAUUGAGAAAUGAGCUUCGUAGAUCAAGAGCUCGUACAGCCGCGAUCCGAAGAAGACGCAACGCUGCAGUUAAUAGGCGUCUACGCCAACGCGCGAACAGGAUAAAUCGCCGUGGUUGAAGUAUCC